AUGACACGGCGUAGGGACGAGUACGAGGACGACGACGACCAGGAGCCGGAGGAGGAGGAGUACGCCGUCGACGAAGAAGACGAGGAGGAGGAUAACUACGAGGACGACGGCGGGAAGACGAAGCGCAGAGGGGUGGAUCGCAAUUCGUACGCCGAGGAAGACGAGGACGAGGAUGAGGACGAGGAAUACGGCGGGGGCCGCCGUGGCCGUGGAGGGAAGCGCAGGAAGGGUCCGAUGGACUUCUUUGACGACGAAGCAGUUGUGGAUAGCGAUGAGAAAGAGGAUGAAGAUGAUGAAGCGGAAGACGAUUUCAUUGAUAAAGGGGCUGAUUUACCUGAUGAGGAUGAUAGACGAAUGCAUCGCCGUCCCCUGCUUCCACAUGAGGAUGAGCAAGAAGAUGUUGAGGAAAUUGAGAGACAAAUUCAUGAGAGAUAUGGUGCUAGGAGCCUUAAUGUUGAAUAUGAUAAGGAGGCUACAGAUGUAGAACAGCAAGCUCUACUGCCAUCCGUGAGGGACCCAAAACUAUGGAUGGUGAAAUGUGCGAUUGGUCGUGAAAGGGAGAUAGCUGUCUGCCUCAUGCAAAAGUGCAUUGAUAGAGGACCCAAAAUGCAAAUUAGAUCUGCCAUAGCACUCGAUCAUCUCAAAAACUACAUAUACAUAAAAGCAGACAAAGAGGCUCAUGUGAGGGAGGCUGUUAAUGGUAUGCGAAAUAUUUAUCCAAGUAAGAAAAUACUCGUCCCAAUCAAGGAGAUGACAGAUGUUCUUUCGGUUGAAAGCAAAGCAAUUGAUAUUUCUAGGGACACCUGGGUUAGAAUGAAGAUUGAAAUGAACCAUGGAAGUUCUGUUUUAUGUAAAUGCAAGGUUGUAGAUGUUGACAAUGUGCGACAGAGAGCUACCGUGAAAUUAAUCCCAAGGAUUGACUUGCAGGCCCUGGCUAUCAAAUUGGUUGUUGGUGGUGACAAGCUUUUGUGUGUAUGGCAGGAAGGGCGGGAAGUUCCAAAGAAAAAGGCAUUUACUCCUCCUGCACGGUUGAUGAAUAUUGAUGAAGCUAGUGACACUAGUUUUGGUGUAAUCAUAAGUGUUGAGAGUGAAGCUUUUCAGGAUGUUCCAAAGAGACCUGAUGUUGCCCUGGUGAGGUUAAGGGAGAUUAAGUACAUGAAGCUUUUGUUGGAGCUCUUUAUGAUCUGCUCUGUGUCUGUAGGGAAACUUAUAGAUACCGAAUGGGAAGUGAACCCCUAUGCAUCCUUCUUGAACACCACUGCAUCCGUAUUUGACUCCUAUGAGAGAUGCGGACAACUGGGAAGAUGGAAUCCUGGUUCGUGGGGAACUAGUCCACAAUAUCAGCUAGGAAGUCCUUCACGAGCUUACGAAGGGCCUACUCCUUGUUCGGGUUGGACAAAUACUCCAAACAACAAUUACGGUGAUGCAGGCACACCAAGGGAUAAUAGUGGUUCAGCCUAUGCAAAUGCUCCAAGUCCAUACUUGCCCUGGACACCUGGCGGGCAACCGAUGACACCUGGAAGUGGUGGUUUGGAUAUGAUGUCCCCAUUUUUAGGUGGGGACAGUGAAGGAGGCCUUUGGUUCCUCCCAGAAAUUUUGGUCAAUGUGCGUAGGUCUGGUGAAGAUAACUCACUUGGAGUUAUCAAAGACGUGCAGCCGUCUCACGUGGUCGACGGUGGGUUAGAGUUUAGACCGUUAUUGGACGAGUUGGGUCGAACCGUAAAAGUCCCAUAUGCAAGGAGAAAGAACGUGAAGACGUACGACUGCCACCUCAUCCAGGCGCCGGGAAACGGGGGACUCCUGCUCGUCAUGAAGUUGAUGAGAGGCGAAUAUCUGGAGGACGGCGUGGAGUUUAAGGUCUUCCGGGUGGAGGUUGCCGCCGGCCGCCGAGUGGAGUGUGUGGAGCUCGAGAGUGUGGAUGAGUGGACCAUCUUCAUCAACAAUUUGGGGAGCAGCUUUUGCCGCACCUCUCGAAAACGAGUAUGUCGACCGAAUUCUGUAUACUACACCGAUGAUGAUGAAAAAGACAGAGCGGUGAAAAUUUACGACUUGGGGGAGAGGAGCACAACCGUGUUGAUGCCUUUUCGUUAUGCGAGACGCUAUGUGUCUCUCGUUGACCGCCGGUGCAAAACCACUGAAAUCCCCAUCAUGCAUUGCAAGCGCAUACUCGGCUCCGGCCACGGCUGGCUGGUCCUCGUGAACAUCAUUACCGGCAACUCCUUCCUGUGGAAUCCAAUAUCGAUGCGCGAGAUCGGGCUUCCUUGCCUGCACCGCCCGUUAGACUACAACCGGUGCGUCCUGACCGGGCCCCCGACCGAGCCCGACUGCCACGUCAUCUUCUGUUCAGCCAACGACAAGGAGCGAACCGUGUUCCGGGUUAGGGACGGCACCACUGUCUGUUCGCCACCUGGCGAAGCGGGUGGAGGAGUCGUGCUCGUCGCCUUGGCCUCCUUCCGAGGGGAGACGUACGGUGUAGUCGACACAGACGAUGGCGAAUUUGAGUUUGUGACCGUCCACGUGGUCGACGGUGGGGUCGAGUUUAGACCGUUGUUGGAUGAGUUGGGUCAAACCCUAAGGUCCCGAUAA